GACGCCGCCGCCAUCUUGGUUGUUUGGGUUCGAGGCGACAUGGCGAUCAACCCGCGCAAGGACGGAGGCCCCAACAUCAAGUAUUAUGAGUCCGCGGAGACCGUCUCCCGCUUCGAGAAUGUCAAGACGUGGCUGACGAAGAACGCCAAGAAGUAUGUGGCUGCAGAUCCACCAACCAACAAGGGCUUGUCCCAGUUGGUUAUUCAGCUCCUACAGUUUAUGGAAGAUAACUGUGGCCAAAAGGUCACUAAACCUCCAAUGACAAAAUUACCUAUGAAAUGUUUCCUUGACUUCAAACCUGGAGGUGGACUCUGCCACAUACUUAGCACAGUUUACAAAUUCAAAAGCGAUCAAGGAUGGCGAAGGUUUGAUUUCCAGUCACCAUCAAGGAAGGAUGCAAACAUUGAACUCUUCCGGGAGAUUGAGAAGUCCUUGGUGGCAAACAAAUGCUGGACCAAACCUGCAGUCUAUAUCCACAAUGAUGUUGAUAAAGAAUUGAGAAAUGAACUCAAAGAUAUAGUGAAAAGACAUGAUGGCAAAAUUGUAGAAGAGGAAGAUGAUGCCACACACAUUGUAUAUGAAGACCAAGACCCCUUGGAUGAUGAGUUUGCACGUGGAGCCAUGCGUCGGGACAAGCAGACUCUCUUCCACUUUUACUAUAUGCCUGACUCUUAUGACUCUUGGGCUGCAGGGGUUGAGCUAGACUAUGAUCCUCCAGAAUCACCACAGUUCCCUGACCACCAGUGGAAGGUCUGUGCUAAUUGGUUGCAAGAUUUAGAGUCCUACAAUGAAUGGAUGAAUGAGGAGGACUAUGAAGUUGAUGAAAAUGGGCAGAAGAAGAAACAUAGUGGCUGCCUGAGUGUUGAUGAUACAAUGGGACUCAGUGAUCCGGAUAAAAAAAAGAAAGCGAAAAAGCGGCCUCGAUCUCCACCUUCUCCACGUUCUAAGAGGAAAGGAGGCAGAAGCAAUGCUACCCCUGGAAAGCCAGUGAAGAAAACAAAGACUGAGGAGGAAGAGGAAGAUCUUACACGAGAUAUGGAAGACCCUGUUGCUGAGCCAGCUGUCACUGAGGUUACCACUGGUUCCAAAAUUCAGCCUAGCAAGGGAGGAAAUUACAUGGACCUUGAUGAGGAAGCAGCUGAUAAGACAGAGAAAACAGAAGGACAGCCAGUGCCAGACAGUGAGGACACAGCCACAGAUCAAACACAUCACAUCAUUGUGCCCAGUUAUGCUGCCUGGUUUGACUACAAUGCCAUUCAUGCCAUUGAAAAGAGGGGGCUCCCAGAAUUCUUUAAUGGCAAGAACAGGUCCAAGACUCCUGAAAUUUAUUUGGCAUACAGAAACUUCAUGAUUGACACAUACCGAUUAAACCCAACAGAGUACCUGACCUCUACAGCUUGUCGCCGCAACCUGGCGGGUGAUGUCUGCGCAGUCAUGCGUGUCCAUGCUUUCUUGGAACAGUGGGGGCUUAUCAAUUAUCAGGUUGAUGCAGAUGCCCGUCCAACCCCUAUGGGUCCUCCUCCUACCUCUCAUUUCCAUGUGUUGGCUGACACUCCUGCUGGUCUGCAAUCCAUCAAUCCUCCAAAGGUCAAUCAGCCAUCAGCAGCUAAGCAACUUAUGGACUUCGAUAAGAAGCCUGUAGAUAAGAAACCAGAAUUUGGUAUUGGUACAGAAUUUGGUCUGAAGUUGGAUCAGUAUUCUAAGAAAACUGGAGCUCUCAAGAAUAAGUCAGCAGCAAGUCAGGCCAGAGAAUGGACUGAACAGGAAACUCUGCUUUUACUUGAAGCCCUUGAAAUGUACAAGGAUGACUGGAACAAGGUUUGUGAGCAUGUGGGUACCAGAACACAAGACGAAUGUAUCCUGCAGUUCCUGCGCCUCCCCAUUGAGGAUCCUUACCUAGAAGAUCCCGAGGCUGGCAGUGGACCCACCCCUACAGCCCUUGGACCUCUUGCUUACCAACCCAUCCCAUUCAGCAAAUCAGGAAACCCAAUUAUGUCCACUGUGGCUUUCUUGGCAUCUGUUGUUGACCCCAGGAUCGCAGCGUCUGCAGCCAAGGCAGCCAUGGACGAGUUCUGCAGGAUUAAGGACGAGGUCCCAGCUGCUCUCCUUGACUCGCACAUCAAGAAUGUCGCAGAUAACGCUGCCUCUAAUGAAGGAAAGGUUGAUCCCACUGCCGGCUUGGCCAAGUCCGGCAUUGCUGGCACUGAACCAGA